AUGUCACGUAAUUUUCUUUACAAUGAGCCAAUAAGGAAGCAGCACAUGAAGUCACAGGCCAUCCUUCUCUCUCUUUCGUCCUAAUCGACCCGGUCCAUGGAAGAGGAGGCGUUCGCCGUCGCCACCGCCGCCUCUGCUUGCUUGGACGGCCUCUUUGUCGAGAGCGGCGCAAUCGGAGGCGGAAACGGAGGUGUUGCUAAAUGGCGACCCCCACCGGGUCGUCUUCUGAAGGGGCAUCAACCUCCGGAAGAGGUCUCCGGCGAUGCAACAUCGUCGGUGUCCAGCGACGAGCCGCCGUCGGUCAGCGGCGUGGAAUUGGCCGACGACACAGCGAAAAAUGAAAGUAGUAAAAAGGAAAGGAAGCAAACAUGCCGACAACCUAGAGUUGCAUUCAUGACCAAAAGUGAGAUAGAUCACCUUGAAGAUGGAUAUCGAUGGAGGAAAUACGGGCAAAAAGCCAUUAAGAAUAGCCCAUUCCCAAGAAGUUACUAUCGAUGCACAAAUACUAAAUGCCAAGUGAAGAAAAGAGUGGAGCGGUCGUAUGAAGACCCUAGCAUUGUCAUUACCACAUACGAGGGCCAACAUUGCCACUACACUAUCUCUUACCCUCGUCCUAUCUUCGCCGCACUUCACCUUCACAACGCAAUAACUCAUCAUCAUUUCGAUCCACCAUUGGCCUUAUCAUCGCCUCGCGUGUUUCCCCCAUCAUUGCAAUUCUAUCAUGACAAUCAUUGUUCAGAUCAAGCAAUCGAACAAACCCAAUUCCAUGAAGCUUCAUUGAAUUCGACCUCCAUUGAUGAAGGUCUAUUGGGGGAUAUCGUGCCAUCCACCUUGAGGAAUAGAUGAGCAAAGGAUUACACUUCGGUAUGUAUUUAUUUGUAUUUGUAUCAUCAACUUCUAAUAUAGUUUGGCUAGUUAAUGUAUAUGGUUAAGAUAUUAUAUGUCAUAUGUGUUUUAAGGAAUAAUGAUGAAGUUUUCGUUUUUAUAUUUAAUUUCUGAUUAUUGAUUUUAUAUAAAUAUUUUCUAAACUAAUAAGUACAAU